AUGAAAGAUGAGGCGGGGGAAAGAGACAGAGAAGUGAGCAGCCUGAGCAGCAAGCUCUUGAGCCUGCAAGUUGACAUCAAGAAUCUACAUGAUGUUUGCAAGAGACAGGGGAAGACCUUGCAGGAGAAUCAGCUCUGUGUGGAGGAGGCGAUGAUGAACAGCAUCCACGUAAGGAAUAAGAAGCAAGCAUUAGCAUUCAAGGAAUCACAGAUGGAAUUUGGGGCCAGUAAACAGUGUCACCUGAGACAACUCCAGCAACUCAAGAAAAAAUUGCUGGCCCUUCAGCAAGAACUGGAGUUUCGCACGGAGGAGCUGCAGACGUCUUACUGUUCCCUCCUGCAGUAUCAGUCCGUCCUGGAGAAGCAGACUUCCGACCUGGUUCUUCUUCACCAUCACUGCAAACUGAAAGAAGAUGAGGUGAUUCUGUACGAGGAGGAAGUUGGAACGCAUACUGGAAACACAGGGGAGAAGCUCCAUUUGGCACAGGAGAAACUCGCCUUGGCCGGGAACAAGAUUGUCUCCCUAGAAAGAAGCUUAAACCUCUACAGGGAUAAAUACCAGACUUCCCUAAGCAACAUUGAGUUACUGGAAUGUCAAGUGAAGAUGUUGGAGGGGGAACUCAGUGGGAUUGUCGGUCAGGAACCUGAGAACAAGGGCGAUCAUUCAAAGGUGCGUAUAUACACUUCUCCCUGCAUGAUUCAAGAGCAUCAGGAGACUCUGAAACGGCUGUCUGAAGUCUGGCAAAAGGUCUCUGAACAGGAUGAUCUAAUCCAGGAACUUCGAAAUAAGCUAGCCUGCAGUAAUGCUUUGGUUCUGGAGCGUGAAGAGGCGUUGAUAAAAUUACAAGCAGACUUUGCUUCUUAUACAGCCACCCACCGACAUCCUCCCAGCUCCUCGGAGGAUUGUGAAGACAUCAAAAAGAUACUGAAGCACUUGCAGGAGCAGAAAGACAGCCAGUGCCUGCACGUGGAGGAGUACCAGAACCUCGUGAAGGACCUGCGCAUGGAGCUCGAGGCCGUGUCAGAACAAAAGAAAAACAUCAUGAAGGAAAUGAUGAAGUUGGAGCUGGACCUGCACGGGCUGCGGGAGGAGGCAUCUGCCCACGUGGAGAGGAAGGACAAGGAGAUCAUCAUCCUGCAGCUUCGGCAGCAGGAGCUGCAGGCGCAGUUCACUGAGGCCCAGAAGCUCAGUUUGAAGAAAGACACGCUCCUCCAAGAGAAAGAUGAAAUGCUGCACGAGCUAGAGAAGGAACUGACACGGGUUCAGACAACCCUCCUGAAGAAAGAGAUGGAGUUUGAGAAGCAGCAGCUGAUGACGACCGAACUGGAAAUGACCCUCCGGGGGGUGAAGCAGAACACAUGCCAGGCGGAGUGUGGGGCCCUGCAAGCCGAGAUCGAGAAGCUGAAGGACUUCCUCGAAGAUGCCCAGCAGCAGCAGAGGAUGGCUGCUCAGGAGGCAGCCCAGUACAAAGAGGAGGCCGCUUUGACAAAGACGAGCCUGGAGGAUUCCCAGAGGAAACUGCAGAACUGCGUUCUCCUGGAGAAGCAGAAGGCCGACAACAUCCAGGAGCUGCAGAGAGAGCUCCAGAAGCUGCAGGAUUCGCUGGUGUCUGGGGAGGAACUUGCAUCCAACAGGAAACGGUUAGAGGAGCUGACACUGGAACUCUCUGGGACCCUGAGGAAGCUUGAAAUUUCAGAGAAGGAAAAGAGGCAGUUUCAGAAGACAGUGACUGAGCAGGAAAUGGCACUAAAUGAACAGUUAGAUCGCAUCAAAACACUACAAUACCAGCACAGGGAGCUAACCAACACCAAAAUCACUCUAGAAGAGGAGCUUAAGGAAGUAACAAGGUUACUAGAGGAGAAACGGGAACAAUUGAAAAAAAGUAAAGAACAGGAGACGGUGAUGGAGGUAGAGAUUGAGACACUCCGACAGGAAUUAAAAAAAAGAGAGAAGAUGUUAAAAGAGACUUUGCUGAAGUUGGAGGAGGAAAAUGAGAAUAUCAAAGCACAGAGUAAGAAAUAUUCUACACAACUGGAGGCCACUCUCUGCAAACAGAACUCCUCCCAGAAAAUCAUCCAAGAGCUGAACAAUGAGGUCGCCUCUCAGAAGGAGACCAUAGUGCAUCUGCAGGCCCAGCUGGACAAGGCUAAGCAUAAAGAGCAGCAUUGUCAGCAGACCAUGGUCAGUAAAGAAGCCUAUGAGGAACUAUCCCGGAAGUCAGCUGCCUGCCAAGACGACCUGACGGAAGCUCUCGAGAAGCUCAACCACUCGAUCUCAGAGACCAAGAGCCUGCACCGAAGCUUGAUGCAGGCCCAAGACAGGAAAGCUCAGCUGGAAGAGGAAAUCAUAGCUUAUGAGGAAAGGAUGAAAAAGCUCAACAUGGAAUUAAAAAAGCUUCAAGGCUUCCAUCAGCAGAGUGAGAUAGAGGUACACGCCUUCGACAAGAAGCUGGAGGAGAUGAGCUGCCAAGUGCUGCAGUGGCAGAAGCAGCACCAGUGUGACCUCAAGAUGCUGGCCGCCAAGGAAGAGCAGCUCCGGUCCUUCCAGGAGGAAAUGACCACCCUGAAGGAGAACCUCCUUGCCGACGAGAAGGAUCCCUGUUGCCUGCCCCAGCGGCCUGUGCUCAAAGACGCCUGCAGGCUGCACCGAGAGAAUGAUGAGAUCAUGACCAACAUGGAGCAAUGGGCAAAAGAGCAGAAAGUCGCCAAUGAGCAACUAGGAAACAAGCUCCGUGAACAGGUCAAAUACAUUGCCAAGCUGACUGGUGAAAAGGACCACCUCCACAAUGUAAUGGUCCAUCUGCAGCAGGAAAACAAGAAGCUGAAGACCGAGAUCGAGGAGAAGAAGCUGAAAUCCGGGCACCAAAGGUUAUGCGCGAAAGCUCUGAACCCGUGCAAAACAGAGCCCACACAGAGGAAAGGGUGUGGCAGCUUGGACUGGAGGGGGACGACCCAGAGCCUGAGCCACAGAAUGGAUGUCACCACGUUUGCCGGGACUCCGCUCUGCUCAGGUAUGUCCCCCAUUCGUCUUUUGCUACUUACCGCGAUGUUGUCUUAGUCCCAUGGGUCAAAAAGAUAGCAGCCUGAUACUAUUUUUCAAGAGAUUACUAGAUUGCGAACUCAAAAGGGAAAAGAAAACAAGUCAGGACCAGAGGUCAUUGUUUCCCUGUCUGUAGACAAGGCUU